ACAUUCAAACCAGUUAGUUGAAUGUGAGACGUGAAGUCGUGUUGACGUUGACGAACAAAACACUGUUGGAAACAGAGAGAAUUUCAAGAGUUCAUUUUAAUUCAGAAUCAUUUUUUGUAUUUUCUUUUUUGUGUGUUUUUCAAAACAUAUAUAGUGGUGUCUCCUGUUAAGUGCGGGUUUAAACCAUUUUUGCGUUAGCGGGUUUUAAUAUUGUAAAAGUAAAAAAAGGAAGAAAAAAAAAACGCGGAUCAAGCGUUGGUUGAGAAUAUAAAAGAAAAAGUAAAAGAAAAUUAAAUUGCGGUGCAAUUAAUUAAUUGUAUGUUGUCUAUAAAUAGAUAGUCAUCGGCAAAUUGAUUUAACUCAUAAUUGGAUUUGUGCAUGCAAGGAUUAAACUCAGUGAAUGUUGUUCUAAAUGCGUAUGGAAAUUUAAUACUUUUAAGAGAUUCAUGAUAAAAUCAUCAGAUAUUAUGACAGUGACUGCGGUACGCACAGCCAUGACGAGCCCGACGGUUCCUCCGCAACAAAAAAUUAGUCGCAUCAGUAAUUUUAGUGUAGCAUCUCUAUUAGCUGACACACGACAGAAGAGCCCGCAAUCGUCUGACAUCCCAACAAAUCUAUCGCAAUCUAGCUCGUCGCCAAUAUCGCAUCAUGACAGCAAUAGCAUAGCAAAAAAUGAACGACACACACCGCACAGUUCGACCGAAUCAGAAGUGGACUAUGAUUCCAAUCAGGAAGAUUCGAUUGUAGAUAUAGAAGAUAUCCAUAACGAAAACUGUUCAACACCUGGUCUAGACAAAUCAUCGCACAUGUUAUCGUCAUCGACAUUAGGUGGACAUGUACCGAUUCGACCAACACCUUUUAGUGCAUUAGCAGCGGCAGCGGCGGCAUGGGGUGGCAUCGGUGCUAUGAACUCUUGGCCAGGCUCCCGACAAAUGACUCCAUUCGGUCCGUCGGGAUUGUUUCCAGGACAAGGAUUUGGACCUGGACAUGUACCUGGAGAUAACAAUGAACCACCACGAAUUAAAUGCAACCUCCGUAAACAUAAACCUAAUCGUAAACCAAGAACACCAUUUACCACACAACAAUUAUUAUCGCUGGAAAAGAAAUUUCGCGAAAAACAGUACUUAAGCAUCGCUGAACGUGCCGAAUUCUCCUCAUCCCUCCGACUCACCGAAACACAAGUGAAAAUCUGGUUUCAAAAUCGACGCGCAAAAGCGAAACGACUGCAGGAGGCAGAAUUAGAGAAAAUCAAAAUGGCAGCACUUGGACGAGGCGCACCAGGUGCACAACUCUAUAUGGGUUAUUUUCACCCCAGUUUAAUGGGUGGUUCUAUGGGUGCCAUGCAUUUAGGGUAGAGCAGUUUGAACAUUGAUUGAAGUUUUUUUUUAUGAUUUUUUUUUAUAUAUUUGAAUAUGUGAGAAUGAAUGGAAAAGACUGUGUAAUAAAGAUAAAAUUAUACCAGUGAUACAAAAGAAAAAAUGAAAUAAAUGAAAUAAAAAAAAAUAAAAAUAAAAAUAAAAUAAAAAUGAGAGAAGAUGAACAUUUGUAAAUACUGCGUGAAUUUACUUAAGUAUAUGAAUAACAAGAAAAAAAAAACAUUUUUGUGGAUAUUUAUAGGGAGAAAUUAUCAACAAGACUUUGUAUAUUUCUGUUUCGAUAUUCAUUUUUAAUAGUGUGUACAGUAAUUGAAGCUAUUUAUUUUAAUUUGUCAUCUAAGAUAUUAAAAUUAAAUACAAAUUGUGAACAAAAAAAAA